CUUACAAUUAGUAUUCUUUUGACAAAGAAAUGCAAGUGAGUCAACAGCGACACCUUCUUCAACACGUUGUUCUUUGUGUUACCUCUUUCCUCUUUCUUGUUUCUUUUCCCUCGCUCCUCCUUCUUCAAUCCCUGGAAAAUUCUGGAUCAUUUCCCCUUCUCUCUCCAUAACUCACCAAUCCAAAAACACAACCACAAACAUUUUUACGUAUUAUAUAUUUUUAUUUUCACGCAUUUAACACACUAUUUGUAUACAUCCAUUAUCGAGCGAUAGAAUUUUCUAGAAAGAGAGAAAAUUGGGCGAAAUGGGACCAAACGCUGCGGCGGCGAAACAAGCUGAGCAACUCCGAAUUAACGGCAACACUUACUUCAAGAAAGACCGUUUUGGGGCCGCCAUCGAUGCUUACACCGAGGCGAUUACGCUGUGCCCUAAUGUUCCGAUUUAUUGGACGAAUCGCGCGCUGUGCCAUCUCAAGCGCAAUGACUGGGAGAGAGUAGAGGAAGAUUCUCGGAAGGCAAUUCAGCUGGACAGCAAUUCAGUCAAGGCCCACUAUAUGUUGGGGCUAGCAUUACUACGGAGACAAGAAUCUGCCAAGGGAAUUAAAGAAUUGGAGAAGGCUUUGGAUCUCGGGAGAGGUGCCAAUCCCAAGGGCUAUAUGGUAGAAGAAAUAUGGCAAGAGCUUGCAAAGGCAAAAUACCAUGAGUGGGAGCGAUCAUCUUCGAAACGAUCAUGGGAAUUGCAGAGCUUGAAAGAAGCUUGCGAGUCUGCUCUGAAGGAAAAACAUUUUCUGGAAUUCUCCGAAGCGGAAGGAUUUGUAGAUGAUCCUACUACUUCCCAUUCGGAACAAUUAGAGGCUUUAGAAGUAGUCUUCAAUAUAGCUGCAGAAGCCGAUACACCUACUGAGGUGCCAGAUUACUUAUGUUGCAGAAUCACACUCGACAUUUUUCAUGAUCCUGUAAUCACUCCAAGUGGGCUUACAUAUGAGAGAGCAGUGAUUCUUGAACACCUUCAGAAGGUGGGUAAAUUCGACCCAAUCACACGGGAACCACUUGAUCAAUCACAGUUAGUGCCAAACUUGGCCAUUAAGGAAGCGGUUCAGGCAUUCUUGGACAAACAUGGUUGGGCUUACAAGGUAGAUUAACGAAAUAUUAUGUCAGAAAUUAAGUUCAUGUGGUAGUUUUAUCUGUUCAGCAAUGCAGCAGGAUGUUGAAUUCUGCAAGCGUGGCCGAAGUUGUUUGUU